AUGACUGACCUCUUGAGAAGUGUUGUCACAGUCAUCGAUGUUUUCUACAAAUACACCAAGCAAGACGGCGAGUGUGGCACACUGAGCAAGGAUGAGUUAAAGGAACUUCUGGAGCAAGAGUUUCGCCCAGUUCUGAAGAACCCAGAUGAUCCAGACACAGUGGAUGUCAUCAUGCAUAUGCUGGACCGAGAUCAUGACCGGAGAUUGGACUUUACAGAAUUUCUUCUGAUGGUCUUCAAGCUAGCUAUGGCCUGUAAUAAGGUGCUUGGCAAAGAAUACUGCAAGGCUUCAGGGUCAAAGAAACGUAGAUACGGUCGCCGCCACCCAGAGGAAGACAGUGAAACAGAAGACGAAGAUGAAACACAACCGAAAGCAGGUUACAGAAAUCCAAGUUGGAAUGAGAGAGAGGAACAUGGGUAUAGUUUUGGGGACUCAAGGGGAAAUGGGAGCCAUAGACAUGGGUCUGACUCCAGGAGGCUGAGAAGGCAAAGCAGCUUAUCCGGUUCUGAGGACCAAGAUGGAUCUGAGAAAAGGCGCCGUGGGUCUAUUUCUGGUCAUUCACGGAGUAGUAACAAAGAGAGAUCUGGUUCCAGCUCUGGAGAGGAUGGGGAAAGAAGAAACAAGCUAAGUGUUAGCCGCUCUAGGGAAUCUGGGAAAGAAUAUGACUCUGGAUCUGGAUCAAAGGGUAGGGGAAGGAAAGGUCAUGGCAGUCUGUCACAUGGGUUGGAAGGUAGGGGACUUGGAUCAAGUUCUAUUCAGUCAAGGAGUAGAGGUCAAAGGCCUGAUUCUGGCUCUGAUAGUACAGGAGAUUGUGGGAGACAAAGGCAAGCAUGCUGGUCCAGCAAUUCAGGAGGGGGUGGAAGGCCACAAAAUGCUUGUAGUCCUUGUAGAUACAGCACACAAGAAAAUCAGUCUGGCUGUACUCGGUCAAGAUGCCAGUCAGGCAGUUGGGGAGGACAAGAUCAUGGAUGUCAGGCUUCUGGAUAUAGUCAACAUAAUUUUGAGUCCUGUAGCCAGUCUUGUAGUGGCAGAGGACAGAGAUCUAGAGCAUGUGAUCAGCCACAGAACUGUAGAGGACAACAACAGGGAAGAGGCCCCUGUCAGUCCUCUUGCUCUGGACAAUAUGGUUCUGGAGCAGGACCGUCUUCUACUUAUGGAUCUGGUUCCUGUAGCCACUCAUCUGCUUCCAGUCAAAAAGGGGCUGGUUCUCAAUGUGGUCAACAAAGGUCUGGAUCUAGUCAAUCCUCUGGCCAACAUGGGUCUUGUUCAGGUCAGUCCUCUGGUCAGCAUGGGUGUGGUUCAGGUCAGUUCCCUAGUCAACAAGGUUCUGGCUCAGGUCAGUGCCAGAGUCAAUAUGGCUCUGGUUCAGGUCAGUCUCACAGUCAAUAUGGCUCAGGUUCAGGUCAGUCUCACAGUCAAUAUGGCUCUGGUUCAGGUCAGUGCCAGAGUCAAUAUGGCUCUGGUUCAGGUCAGUCUCACAGUCAAUAUGGCUCUGGUUCAGUGAAACAAGUAGGCAUCACAUAUCAGGAAGCAAAUUUGAAGGUCAAGAUGGCAUUCCUAGAACUGAGAGAGAAGCAAGACAAAACCAGUCAGGUGACAGGGAAAGUCAUUCAGAAAACUGGGAAAGAUAUUCUACAUCUUCCCAGGAUCACACAAGAAAUGAUCAUGGUUAUGAUUCGCCAACUGAUGAACAGCCUACAGCAAUCAAACAUAGACAAAGAUCAAAUGAUAGUCAAUCAAGUGACAGGGAAAGUAUAUCAGGAGCUUCUCAUAGACACUCUAGAUCUACUCAGGGGCACCAUGAACCUCAGCAUAGAGAAGCAGGGCCUGGAAGAAGCCACACAUCUUCUCGUGGACACUCAAGAGAUAGCACUACUCGUGGCCAAUCUGGGCAGGGAAGAGCAACUCAAUCAGGGUCCAGAAGGAGGGAUUCAGCCAGCAGUCAGUCCAGUGACAUUGAACGCACUUCACGAGCUCCACGGACACAUUCUGGAUCCACUCAGGGGCACCGUGAACCUCAACAUGGAGAACUAG